GCAUCGUUCGUGUAGCUUGAUGCUAACAGGUGGAAGAUGUCGGCGUGUGUCGGGGUGCUGAAGCGCCGUCUCGGGGCUCGCUGUCCGGCUGGUUUCGCGUCACCGCUGCAGCCGCUGAGAUGCCCGGGGGGCGGGCGGUGGGAGUCCAGCACGCGGACAGGUGAAACCCUUCGGCCACUAGAGGGCGUCAGAGUCCUGGACCUGACCAGAGUUCUGGCCGGGCCCUUCGCCUCCAUGAUCCUCGGAGACCUCGGAGCCCAGGUCAUCAAAGUGGAGAGACCAGGUGCAGGUGACGACACCAGAGCCUGGGGUCCUCCGUUUGUGGCGUCAGAGAGCGCCUACUUCCUCAGCGUGAACCGGAACAAGAAGAGCAUCGCCGUGGACCUGAAACAUCCCAGAGGAGCACAGAUCGUCCAGCAGCUCGCAGGAGUGUGUGACGUGCUGCUGGAAAACUACGUGCCGGGGAAACUCCGUCAGAUGGGUUUGGGAUACGAGCAGCUGAGCGGACUCAACCCUCGGCUCGUCUACUGCUCCAUAACAGGCUACGGACAGACCGGUCCUCACGCUCAGAGUCCAGGGUACGACUCCAUCGCCUCGGCAGUGUCAGGGAUGAUGCACGUCACCGGGCCCGAGGGCGGCGACCCGGUGCGUCCGGGAGUCGCCAUGACGGACUUGGCGACGGGGCUGUACGCACACGGAGCUGUCAUGGCCGCCCUGCUGCAACGGCAGAAGACGGGCAGAGGAGUUCACAUCGACUGCAACCUGCUGUCAUCACAGGUUUCCUGUCUCAGCCAUAUUGCUGCUAACUACCUGAAUGCGGGGAAGGAGGCGAGGCGCUGGGGGACGGCCCACGAGAGCAUCGUACCUUACCAGGGCUUCAAAACCAAAGACGGGCACAUCGUUGUGGCUGCGGGCAAUGAAAAGCAGUUUGUCCGAGUCUGCCAGGUCAUGGAGCUGACGGAGCUGACGGAGGAGCCCAAGUACAAAAGCAACAAGCUGAGAGUCGAGAACCGCAAACAGCUGCUGCACACACUGUCACAGAGGUUCCUGCAGGAGACCACGGCUGAUUGGCUGAAGAAGUUCAAGGGCUCAGGUGUUCCAGUUGGGCCAAUCAACAGCAUUCAAGAAGUGUUCUCCGAGCCACAGGUCAGUGACGACACUCAUCCUCCGUCUGUGGUUGAGUGGACUUCCAGCGAGGAGCUGGAUGAACCUGACUGUAAGGCUGUAUGUGAGGGAAACCAGCAGCCAUCCCAUAAUCCCAUUAAAGAAGAAGAUGAGUCCACUGUAGAGCUGCUGCUUGGUCCACACAGCAGCUCCUCAUCAGGAUGGUCAGAGGUCAUCAUCCCAAACCUGGAAGUGAUCGGGAAAGACGCUCGGCGCUGGUGGACGGCCUCUCGCUCGCCCAUCUGUCUCACCGCCUCUCUGUUCGUCGAGCUUUGA